GUGCGCUGUGCGCUCGUCCAGCGCCGCUGCUGCAGCACAGUGGCACGGCUGGAAGCUGAGCUGCGUGAGGUCCGUGCGCAGUCGGUGAGUACGCCUUGCCGCAAGAGUGAGAGCGGCUCCUUGCGCGAUGGCUUGGAGUCCGUUGGGCACACGCCGCUGAGGGAAGAGGUCCAGGCUCUUACCGAUCAGAUGGAUUUUGAGCGAGACCUCCACGACCGCCGGCGCGCCCUGUUGGAGCGUUACAGCUCCCCAGAGAAGGCAGCCGCCACGGCUGUCACGGAGGAUGGACGUGCGAUCAUCGUGGAGAUGGCUGCGAGGGCUGAAGGCCCGGCGCAGUCUCCUCGAAGUGUUGCGUCCGAAGAUGAGGACUACAACUGGGAAGGUUACUUGGAGCGUCCGACCGACGGCGGCGACUUCGAAAAGGUCUUCGUCGAGAUUCGUUCAGGGAAGCUACGCGUCCUUCGCAGCCGAACCUCGCAGAGCUUGCUGAAUGAGUAUUCGCUCAGCGCCCUUGCUGAGCCGGCCACCCUGCUCAAAAGCUGCCCGAGAUCCUUCCAGGUCAGGCUGCCAGAGGCCGCACGUUUCCGCUGCGUCUCGGAGCGUCGGGCUUCGCAGUGGGUGGAGGUGCUGCGGAUCUACGAUGUUUGCAGAGGGUGUGGCUGUGUGAAUUUUUCCCGGCCUAGGAGCCAAGUGGCGGCAAAGAGCCAGCGACGGACGGUUCCCUGUGCGACAGCCAGCUCCAUGUGUGCUUCCAUCGCAUCGCUGGCAUCGAAAAAUCCGGGGCUCUGGAAGUCCAGCCGGACGCUGGCCAGAUGUGGUGGUGAAGACUUCGUGGCAGCCCUCAUUUUCACUGCAGCGGGGCUGCCGACCUGGAGCCGCGAUCCCAAGCGCACGUUGCUCGCUGCUUUGUGUGGCAAUGUGGCCCAUGAGGCCGCCAAAGCGCUGCAGAGCUUCUGGCGCCAAAGCCGCCGCACCGUUUCUGUCUACCAGCCUCGACCCCCCAAAGAGCCGGCAAACGGCUACAGCCCCUACCGCGUGGACAAGGCCUCCACGCACCAUGGGAGCUUCCCCACUCCCAAGGCCUCGCCGAAGGUUUAUUUCCAGGAGGGCGAGGCGCGCCGCGGAUGGGGGCAACAAAGCGUUGGCAGUGAGAAGAACGGCACUGCUCCGGCACCGGGGCCGACGAAGAAGUCGAACCCGAGGCCGGUGCAGAGCCGUGCAGUUCCGGUGAACCCUCUGCAAGCCAUGAAGAACCGCCUUGCGCAGCAACAGCAGGACGCCGAAGACCGGCGCUUGCAUGGGCUGCAGCAAGCGGAAGAUGCGCGCUUGGCGCGUGUCGGCGUGCCGGAAACAGGCUUGCGGGCGCCGCAAGGCACAGGGCCUGGCAGCUGGUCUUCACAUCACUCAGAGAAAUCUGAGGAGGCGUGGGACGAAGUCGGCGAGAGAACUCCAGCUCCUCCGGCACCGCCGCCUGCACCCAAGGCGUCGGAAGAGGAGCCCCCCAGACCGAUCGUCGCAUCGGGGCAGUACGAGCCAGGCCAUUCCGUUCCGGUUGCAAGGGACGUUGCGCCUGCAGCUGUGGAGCCUUCAGCGGCUUCUCCUCCUCCGGCACCUUCAGCCUUAGGUGACAGCAUGCCGACACCGCUGGAGCGACGGCAGAUGCGGCAGUUGGCCGCCAAUUCAUCAUCGCCCUCGCCGCGAGAAGCUGUGUCGGAGGGCGCGACACCAGCAGGCAGCGCACCCGCGACGUGCUUGGCUGCAACAGAGCGGCUUCGGGACCGAUUGAAGAAGCGCGAGGGAUCAGGAAGGACUGGCGAAAGGACUCGUUCAGUACCCGACGCUUCGUCGAUGGUAAACUGGCAGGAGCGUAUCGAGCUCCGGCACAAGGAGGCUGAGGAGCAGCAGGUCCACGAAAGAGAGGAGAAGCAGCGGACUGCAGAGAGGAGCACCAAGCGCAACGAUGCCCUCAAACGUGUCAUGGAGCGCCGCGAACAGCGCCAAGCAGAUGCCGUGACACUGGGCUCCGAGGAGUAG